UCCAGGGUCCGCCAGAGGCGGAGUGACAGAGCAGCGCCGGGACUCUGAAGUUGCCCCUGAGGACUGAGCAGCUGCCCCGCGAGCCGGAAGCCCGAGUGCUCCGAGCCACCUGCCGCAGCCCCCCACGUCCCGAGCAAGCCCGAGAGCCCGCGACCCCCGGCCCCCGCCGCCCCCCGCCCUCCAGGCCCGCCACCCAGCCAAGCCCCCAGGAUGCGAGCUGCGCGCAUCGUGCUCCGCGGCGCCUCCGGCUCGUCGGCCGCCGCGUCCGUGGCCCCCGUCCCGCGCACAGUGGAGCGCUUCUCCCGCUACAGCCCGUCCCCGCUGUCCAUGAAGCAGCUGCUAGACUUCGGCUCCGACAAUGCCUGUGAGAGGACGUCCUUCGCUUUCCUGAGGCAAGAGCUGCCCGUGAGGCUGGCCAACAUCCUGAAAGAGAUCGACAUCCUCCCGGACCGCCUGGUGAAGACCUCCUCCGUGCAGCUGGUGAGAAGCUGGUACAUCCAGAGCCUCAUGGACUUGGUGGAGUUCCACGAGAAGAGCCCGGAGGACCACAAGGCUCUGUCUGACUUUGUAGAUGCGCUGAUCAAGGUCCGGAACCGGCACCACGACGUGGUUCCCACCAUGGCCCAGGGCAUCAUCGAGUACAAGGACUCGGGUGCCGUCGACCCGGUCACCAACCAGAACCUGCAGUACUUCCUGGACAGGUUCUACAUGAACCGCAUCUCCACCCGAAUGCUCAUGAACCAGCACAUUCUCAUAUUUAGCGACUCGAAGACAGGAAACCCCACGCACAUCGGAAGCAUCGACCCCCAGUGUGAUGUGGUUGCUGUGGUCCAAGAUGCCUACGAGAGUGCCCGCAUGCUCUGUGACCAGUAUUACCUCGUUUCUCCUGAACUGAAGCUAACCCAAGUGAACGGAAAGGUACCUGACCAGCCCAUUCAUAUCGUCUAUGUCCCCUCACACCUUCAUCACAUGCUGUUUGAGCUCUUUAAGAAUGCCAUGAGGGCCACGGUGGAGCACCAGGAAAGCCAGCCCUCACUCACGCCCAUUGAGGUCACCGUUGUCCUGGGAAACGAAGACCUGACCAUCAAGAUUUCAGACCGAGGGGGCGGGGUUCCCCUGAGGAUCAUCGACCGUCUCUUCAGCUACACCUACACGACGGCCCCCACCCCGGUGAUGGAUAACUCCAGGAAUGCUCCUUUGGCUGGGUUCGGGUACGGCUUGCCGAUUUCCCGCCUCUACGCCAAGUACUUUCAAGGGGACCUGAAUCUCUAUUCCUUGUCGGGCUAUGGAACGGACGCAAUCAUCUACUUAAAGGCCCUGUCUUCCGAGUCCAUAGAAAAGCUGCCCGUGUUCAACAAGUCGGCCUUCAAACACUACCAGGCCGGCCCGGAGGCAGGGGACUGGUGCACCCCGAGCAAGGAGCCCAGGAAUCUCGCCAAGGAGAAGGUGGCCAUGUGAGCCGGCCUCGAGCCACGGUGCUUUGGAGAACACAGGGCCUCUGGACUGGGUGGGAACAGAAAGCGAGGCCGUCUGGGUCCGAAUCCUGGUCCGAAGGGACGGGGCGUGUGUGUGUGAGUGCCCCGUGGACCGACUGCAUGCGAGCUCUUGGGAGGACCUGGCAGGAAGCUCCCGAGGGCCAGCCCAGGGCAGGCAGAGAGGCUGCCCCCUUCUUCCCUGCACCCCGAGAGGAGAGGGCCCUGGGGAGCCCCGGAGCCUCCACUCAGCCCCACAGACUGCCCUGAUGUGGUGCUGAUUGUUUGAGAAGCAGGAGUUCAUAGGGUUUUGCUGUGGACCGUCCCGUGCCAGACCAUCCCAUGCCAGCCAGAUCAUCCCAUGGUAGCCAGACCGCCCCAUGCCAGCCGGACCAUCCCAUGCCAGCCGGACUGUUUCAUGCUGGCCUGACUAUCCUGUGCCCACUGGACUGUCCCAUGCCCACUGGACUGUUCUAUACCAGCCGGACCAUCCCAUGGCAGCCGGACCAUCCCAUGCCAGCCAGACCAUCCCAUGGUAGCCGGAUCGUCCCAUGCUGGCCAGACUGUCCCGUGCCCACUGGACUGUUCUAUGCCAGCCAGAACAUCCCGUGCCGGCCGGACCAUCCCAUGCCAGCCAGACUGUCCCAUGCCAGCCUGACCAUCCCAUGCCAGCCGGACCAUCCCAUGGUAACCGGAUCAUCCCAUGCUGGCCGGACUGUCCCGUGCCCACUGGACUGUCCCAUGCCAGCCAUCCCCCGUUUGCUGGCUGUCAGAAAGGCACAAGUCAGGAGCCCCUCCUUGGAAACGGCCACAUGUGCUUUAGCCAUGGUAUUGAUAACCCCAGAACAAGGGUAGGCAGCCGAGCCUGCCCCAAGAUGACCAAGGCCUCUGUCCCUUAGCGGGCGGGGUUACUCUUCAGCUUCUGGGCUCGGGGGCCUGGGUGGGCUUGUGCCUUAACUGUGGAGGACGCCUGCCCAAGGGGGCGGGGCGCGGGAAGGUCACUCUUAGUGCAGAGCCAUCUCUCCCUGCCGCAGGGCGGCCCCCAGCCCUCCGUGGCCAAGGGGAGAAGGCUCAUGAUGGGGUAGGGUUUACCCCCCUCCCCCCGGGCUGUUUUGUGGAUUUGAGGAAAGUGAAAGUGGAAGGCAAGGCGGAAGUCUGACCCCAGGCAGGGAGGGGGUGUUGAGGAUGUGCCCCUGGGGAGUGUUCUCAGGAUAUGGAGGAGGAUCCAAGGAGCAGGAGCCCCAACAGGUGACCCUGCGGCCUAGCGUGUGGACAGAUAGCAGGCAAAGGAAUAGCCGGCCCUGGGAGAGGAGCCGGGGGUCCUGCCCCCUUCUGGAGGGGACGCCAGUUUGGUUUUUAUUGCUCCAGAGGGGCCAGAAAGCCCUGUUCCCACGGGUUUGCAUAAGCCUUUCGCAAAAUAGCCGCUGGAUUCUGGCCAGCACAGACUCCCUCAGUCACGGCUGAAGUAACGGGGGUCCCUCUCAGGUAGGGCCGGUGGGAGCGGGGAGCGCCCCCCUCCCCCCUUAGUCAGUGAGCCUGAUGUCCUGGCCCAGGGGGCGUGGCUGCCCCCACACUGUGGCCGUGGCCGCCGGUGCUCCGGGAGGGAGGGAGAGCUCAGUCCGAGAAGGAGGGAGAGAUCGGUCCCGGAGGGGAUGAGCUCUCAGUCCGGGAGAUCGGGCGAGACUGCUGGCUCUGGCUGCUGGUGCUGCAGACCUGAGGAGAGUAUGGUGCAAUUGUAAAGUCAUUGUCGUGUGGAUUAAGCUUUGUACAUAGAGGAGACAUUUUGUAAUAAAUAUUUUUACUACAAUUA